AUGCUAUUUUCGAACCAAACAUUGUAGAGAUAGUGUCAACUCUAGUUAGCGAGUCUGUAGAAAAUAUUGGACAAAUCUUUGGUUCCCUCUGCCAUAGUUAUACGGGAGAGCCUUCAAAAAUUCAACUAUUAAGUGACCUUUAUGAUGAAUUUGUGAGCUCAGAUACUCAGCCUAAAGCCGACUUAGUAAACCAAGAUGCGUUGAUGAAUAUACUUCUUGACAAAUAUGAAAUUGUAAAAAUCGAUGAAGUAGCAAAAUGCAAUCUUCAGGCUUUAAACCCUACAUUGCGACUAAUUCAAAUCCCGUAUUGGCGAAAAGCCUUAUACGCUUUGUCAGAAAAAUAUCCAGAAAGCCAGUUUUUAAAUUUUUUAAUUCAG